CCCCAGAGCUAGGAACUGCUGGCUAGGGCAAGCAGACAGCUGACUCCUAGCCAACUGGAGGUGGAGCAGAGGUGGAGCCAGGGAGACCCAGGUGGCCUCUCUGAGAGUGGAGCACAGGUGGCAGAGUGGCCCGGGGCAGCAUGAAGUGGUGCUGGGGCCCAGUGCUGCUCAUCGCGGGUGCCACGGUCCUCAUGGAGGGUCUUCAAGCCGCUCAGCGUGCCUGUGGACAGCGUGGCCCCGGCCCCCCCAAGCCUCAGGAGGGCAACACAGUCUCUGGCGAGUGGCCCUGGCAGGCCAGUGUGAGGAGGCAAGGAGCCCACAUCUGCAGCGGCUCCCUGGUGGCAGACACCUGGGUCCUCACUGCUGCCCACUGCUUUGAAAAGGCAGCAGCAACAGAACUGAACUCCUGGUCAGUGGUCCUGGGUUCUCUGCAGCGUGAGGGACUCAGCCCUGGGGCCGAAGAGGUGGGGGUGGCUGCCCUGCAGUUGCCCAGGGCCUAUAACCACUACAGCCAGGGCUCAGACCUGGCCCUGCUGCAGCUCGCCCACCCCACGACCCACACACCCCUCUGCCUGCCCCAGCCUGCCCAUCGCUUCCCCUUUGGAGCCUCCUGCUGGGCCACUGGCUGGGAUCAGGACACCAGUGAUGCUCCUGGGACCCUACGCAAUCUGCGCCUGCGUCUCAUCAGUCGCCCCACAUGUAACUGUAUCUACAACCAGCUGCACCAGCGACACCUGUCCAACCCGGCCCGGCCUGGGAUGCUAUGUGGGGGCCCCCAGCCUGGGGUGCAGGGCCCCUGUCAGGGAGAUUCCGGGGGCCCUGUGCUGUGCCUCGAGCCUGACGGACACUGGGUUCAGGCUGGCAUCAUCAGCUUUGCAUCAAGCUGUGCCCAGGAGGACGCUCCUGUGCUGCUGACCAACACAGCUGCUCACAGUUCCUGGCUGCAGGCUCGAGUUCAGGGGGCAGCUUUCCUGGCCCAGAGCCCAGAGACCCCGGAGAUGAGUGAUGAGGACAGCUGUGUAGCCUGUGGAUCCUUGAGGACAGCAGGUCCCCAGGCAGGAGCACCCUCCCCAUGGCCCUGGGAUGCCAGGCUGAUGCAUCAGGGACAGCUGGCCUGUGGCGGAGCCCUGGUGUCAGAGGAGGCGGUGCUAACUGCUGCCCACUGCUUCAUUGGGCGCCAGGCCCCAGAGGAAUGGAGCGUAGGGCUGGGGACCAGACGGGAGUGGGGCCUGAAGCAGCUCAUCCUGCAUGGAGCCUACACCCACCCUGAGGGGGGCUACGACGUGGCCCUCCUGCUGCUGGCCCAGCCUGUGACACUGGGAGCCAGCCUGCGGCCCCUCUGCCUGCCCUAUGCUGACCACCACCUGCCUGAUGGGGAGCGCGGCUGGGUUCUGGGACGGGCCCGCCCAGGAGCAGGCAUCAGCUCCCUCCAGACAGUGCCCGUGACCCUCCUGGGGCCUAGGGCCUGCAGCCGGCUGCAUGCAGCUCCUGGGGGUGACGGCAGCCCUAUUCUGCCAGGGAUGGUGUGUACCAGUGCUGUGGGUGAGCUGCCCAGCUGUGAGGGCCUGUCUGGGGCACCACUGGUGCAUGAGGUGAGGGGCACAUGGUUCCUGGCCGGGCUGCACAGCUUCGGAGAUGCUUGCCAAGGCCCCGCCAGGCCGGCGGUCUUCACCGCACUCCCUGCCUAUGAGGACUGGGUCAGCAGUUUGGACUGGCAGGUCUACUUCGCCGAGGAACCAGAGCCCGAGGCUGAGCCUGGAAGCUGCCUGGCCAACAUAAGCCAACCAACCAGCUGCUGACAGGGGACCUGGCCAUUCUCAGGACAAGAGAAUGCAGGCAGGCAAAUGGCAUUACUGCCCCUGUCCUCCCCACCCUGUCAUGUGUGAUUCCAGGCACCAGGGCAGGCCCAGAAGCCCAGCAGCUGUGGGAAGGAACCUG